AUGUCAGACGUUGCCAGCCGUCUCUUCUUGGCCGGAGUGUUUGCAGGGGCAAAGAGAACUGACUGGAAGGUUAUUGCUAUUAAUGUUGAUGACCCAGAAGCAAAUGACUUGAAUGACAUAAGUGAUGUACGACGACUCAAGCCAGGCUACCUCGAAGCCACUGUGGACUGGUUUAGACGGUACAAAGUGCCAGAUGGCAAACCUGAAAACCAGUUUGCUUUUAAUGGAGAGUUCAAAGAUAAGGACUUUGCCAUAAAGGUCAUCAAAAGCACCCAUGACUUCUGGAAGGCACUUAUCUCUGAACAGACCAACGCAGGAGAGCUGAACUGUAAAAACACUCGUGUUUCGAAAGGAGGCAGCUCAUUCUGCUGUUCACCAGAGGACGCCAAGGCAAUUGUUGAUGGCACUUGUCCAUGUGGAGCAGCCGAUUCCAUUCCAACCUCAGUUGACAAAUGGAAUUAUUAUGAAAAGUCUCUUUACAUUAUCUUUGAAUGUUUUCUUUUGAUUGAUAAACAGGGAUCAGGGAGUGAAAAAUGUAUACAGAGUAACAGAUGCUGA